AUGGCAGAGACUGGCGAAACUGACCCCGAAGAAGGAGGCAAGAAGCUAGCAUAUAGUUUCCCAAUUGUCAGGCACACGGACAUGCCUGAGGAAAUGAAGGAAGAGGCCAUAGCUAUGUGUAUCGCAGCGUUCGAAAAGUGUUCUAACAACAACGAGAAUGCAGCAAAGAUGGUCAAGGACUCCAUGGACAAGAGAUUUGGCAACGCGUGGCACGUCGUGAUCGGUGAAAGUUUUGGCUUUGGCGUAACUCAUGAGGCGAAAAAUAUGCUCUACAUGUUCUAUGGUGGGAGCUUGGCAAUUUGUGUUUGGAAGUGCUUCUAG